AUGAACGCGAUACGUCGGCAGCAGGGGCCCGCCCCGCGCGUCGGUGUGAUCACCCACGCGGCCGCGGCGGGGGGCAAGGGAGGGGGCAAGGGCGGCGGCAAGCGCAUCAGUCAACAAGAGUUCACGGAAAAGGCCUGGGAGGCGGUCAUCCAGGCGCCGGAGGUCGCCAAGUCGCACAGCCACCAGCUCGUCGAGACGGAGCACCUCCUCAAGACGCUGCUGGAGCAGCCCAACGGGCUGGCGCGGAGAAUCGUGAGCAAGGCGGGGGGGAACCCGUCGGACAUCCUCGACAAAAUCGACGCGCACCUCCACUCGCAGCCCAAGGUCUCCGGGAACGUCGAGCAGAUCCUCGGGCGGAACCUCGAGGCGGCGGUCGUCAAGGCGCAGGAGCUGCGCGACGACUUCGGCGACGAGUACGUCUCGGUGGAGCAUCUGGUCCUGGGGUUGGCGACGGACCCGCGCUACUGCGAGAAGGCGUUCAAGCAGGCGGGUCUGACGAAGGCGAAGCUCGAGGAGGCCGUGAAGCAGGUCCGCGGGGGCCAGUCCGUGGACUCGCAGGACCCCGAGGGCAAGUAUGAGGCGCUGAGCAAGUACGCACGGGAUCUGACGAAGGAGGCGCGCGAGGGCAAGCUGGACCCGGUGAUCGGGCGCGACGACCAGAUCCGGCGGUGCAUUCAGAUCCUCUCGCGGCGCACGAAGAACAACCCCGUGCUGAUCGGGGAGCCCGGCGUGGGCAAGACGGCGGUGGCGGAGGCGCUGGCGCAGCGCAUCGUCGCGGGGGACGUGCCGGCCGCGCUGCAGGGGCGCACGCUGAUGAGCCUGGACAUGGGCUCGCUGAUCGCGGGCGCGAAGUACCGCGGCGAGUUCGAGGACCGCCUGAAGGCGGUGAUCAAGGAGGUGACGGAGAGCAACGGGCGCAUCAUUCUGUUCAUCGACGAGAUCCACACCGUCGUCGGCGCCGGCGCGACGAACGGCGCGAUGGACGCGGGGAACCUCCUCAAGCCCAUGCUCUCGCGCGGGCAGCUCCGCACGAUCGGCGCGACCACGCUGGACGAGUUCCGCAAGCACAUCGAGAAGGACCCUGCGCUGGAGCGGCGGUUCCAGCAGGUGUACGUGGGCGAGCCGAGCGAGGCGGACACGGUCUCGAUCCUGCGCGGCCUGAAGGAGCGGUACGAGCUGCACCACGGCGUGCGCAUCUCGGACAACGCGCUGGUGGAGGCGGCGAUGCUGUCGUCGCGGUACCUCGCGGACCGGUUCCUGCCGGACAAGGCGAUCGACUUGAUCGACGAGGCGGCCGCGAAGCUGAAGAUGGAGAUCACGAGCAAGCCGGUGGUGCUCGACGAGCUGGACCGGCGCAUUCUGCAGCUGGAGAUGGAGCGGCUCAGCUUGGAGAAGGCGGCGCGCGGGGGCGACCGGGCGGCGCAGGGGCGGCUGCGCGCGCUCGACGGCGAGCUCGGGGGGCUGAAGCGGGAGCAGCAGGAGCUCAAUUCGCGGUGGGUGAAGGAGAAGGAGGAGAUGGACAGCGUGCAGCGGAUCAAGGCGGAAAUCGACCGCGUGAACGUGGAGGUGCAGGCGGCGGAGCGCGAGUACGACUUGAGCCGGGCGGCGGAGCUCAAGUACGGGACGCUCAACUCGCUGCAGAAGCAGCUGAAGGAGGUGCAGGCCAAGCUGGAGGCGGCGCACAAGGGCCCGAACGCGAGCAUGCGGCUGCUGCGCGAGGAGGUGACGGAGGAGGACGUGGCGUCGGUGAUCGCGCGCUGGACGGGGAUCCCCGUGGACCGGCUGCAGCAGUCGGAGCAGGAGAAGCUGUUGCAGUUGGCCGACCACCUGCACAAGCGGGUCGUGGGGCAGGACGAGGCGGUGGAGGCCGUGGCGGACGCGAUCCAGCGGUCGCGCGCGGGCCUGGCGGACCCGAACCGCCCGAUCGCGAGUCUGAUGUUCUUGGGUCCGACUGGCGUGGGGAAGACGGAGCUGGCAAAGAGUCUGGCGGACUUCAUGUUCAACAGCGAGGACGCGAUGGUGCGGAUCGACAUGAGCGAGUACAUGGAGAAGCACAGCGUCGCGCGGCUGAUCGGGGCGCCGCCGGGGUACGUCGGGUUCGAGGAGGGCGGGCAGUUGACGGAGGCGGUGCGCAGACGGCCGUACGCGGUCAUCUUGUUCGACGAGGUGGAGAAGGCGCACGCGGACGUGUUCAACGUGCUGCUCCAGGUCCUGGACGACGGCGUGGUGACGGACAGCCAGGGGCGACACGUGUCGUUCAAGAACGCGGUCAUCAUCAUGACGUCGAACCUCGGGAGCCAGUACAUCCUCGAGGCCGCCGCGACGGGCCACAUCGGCGAGGAGGCCAAGGAGGGCGUCCUGGGCGCCGUGCGCAACCACUUCCGGCCAGAGUUCGUCAACCGCAUCGACGAGCUGAUCGUCUUCGAGCCGCUCAUGCAGUCCCAGAUCAACACGAUCGUCGAGAUGCAGGCCGUGCGCGUCAACAAGCGCCUCAGGGAGAAGAAGAUGGCGCUGAAGCUGGAGCCUGACGCAGUCGAGUACCUGGGCGCCAAGGGCUUCGACCCCGUCUUCGGCGCGCGGCCAGUCAAGCGCGUCGUGCAAAAGGAGCUCGAAACCGCGCUGGCCAAGGCGCUGCUGCGGAACGAGUUCGCCGAGGACGACACGAUCGUGGUGUCCGCCCCGGGCGGCCGCGAGGCGACGCGGCUGGAGCUGGACCGCAUCCCCAACUCGGCGGGGUUCGCGGUCACGUCCUCGAAGGAGGAGGCCGAGCUGGUCGGGUCGCGCAACGAGUAG